AUGUCAUAUCCUGCGGAGGCGUUGCAGAUCGGCAACCAGAACCAUGUGGAGGACAUCCGCUCCUUCCUGGACUCACGGCACGCUGACCACUACACCGUCUUCAACCUGUCACAGCGCAACUACCGCGGCGCCAAGUUCUCCAACCGGGUGAGACAAAUAUACACAGAGUAUACCAAACAUUAGGAACACCUUGCUAAAAUUCAGUCCCCCCCCGGCGCACCGGUUUGUGUCAAGAACUGCAACGCUGCUGGGUUUUUCACGCUCAACAGUUUCCCAUGUGUACCACCCAAAGGACAUCCAUAUAACUUGACACAACUGUGGGAAGCAUGGACUCUACAAGGUGUCGAAUAGGGAUGCUGGCCCAUGUUGACUCCAAUGCUUCCCACAGUUGUGUCAAGUUGUAUGGAUGUCCUUUGGGUGGUGGACCAUUCUUGAUACACAUGGGAAACUGUUGAGUGUGAGAAACCCAGCAGCGUUGCAGUUCUUGACAUUAAUCGGUGCGCCAGGCACCUACUUCCCUGUUCAAAGGCACUUAAAAUCUUUUGUCUUAACCAUUCACUCUCUGAAUGGCACACAUACACAAUGCAUGUCUCAAUUGUCUCAAGGCUUCUCAAUCCUUCUUUAACCUGUCUCCUCCCCUUCAUGUACACUGAUUGAAGUGGAUUUUACAAGUGACAUCAAUAAGGGAUCAUAGCUUUCACCUGGAUGCACCUGGUCCAUCUAUGUCAUGGAAAGAGCAGGUGUUCUUAAUGUUUUGUAUAAUCAGUAUAUAUAUACAGUACCAGUCAAAAGUUUGGACACAACUACUCAUUCAAGGGUUUUUCUUUAUUUUUACUAUUUUUUUACAUUGUAGAAUAAUAGUGAAGACAUCAAAACUAUGAAAUAACACAUAUGGAAUCAUGUAGUAACCAAAUAAGUGUUAAACAAAUCAACAUAUAUUUUAUAUUUGAGAUUCUUCAAAUACAGUGGGGAAAAAAAGUAUUUAGUCAGCCACCAAUUGUGCAAGUUCUCCCACUUAAAAAGAUGAGAGAGGCCUGUAAUUUUCAUCAUAGGUACACGUCAACUAUGACAGACAAAACGAGGAAAAAAAAUCCAGAAAAUCACAUUGUAGGAUUUUUUAUGAAUUUAUUUGCAAAUUAUGGUGGAAAAUAAGUAUUUGGUCAAUAACAAAAGUUUCUCAAUACUUUGUUAUAUACCCUUUGUUGGCAAUGACACAGGUCAAACGUUUUCUGUAAGUCUUCACAAAGUUUUCACACACUGUUGCUGGUAUUUUGGCUCAUUCCUCCAUGCAGAUCUCCUCUAGAGCAGUGAUGUUUUGGGGCUGUCGCUGGGCAACACAGACUUUCAACUCCCUCCAAAGAUUUUCUAUGGGGUUGAGAUCUGGAGACUGGCUAGGCCACUCCAGGACCUUGAAAUGCUUCUUACGAAGCCACUCCUUCGUUGCCCGGGCAGUGUGUUUGGGAUCAUUGUCAUGCUGAAAGACCCAGCCACGUUUCAUCUUCAAUGCCCUUGCUGAUGGAAGGAGGUUUUCACUCAAAAUCUCACGAUACAUGGCCCCAUUCAUUCUUUCCUUUACACGGAUCAGUCGUCCUGGUCCCUUUGCAGAAAAACAGCCCCAAAGCAUGAUGUUUCCACCCCCAUGCUUCACAGUAGGUAUGGUGUUCUUUGGAUGCAACUCAGCAUUCUUUGUCCUCCAAACACGACGAGUUGAGUUUUUACCAAAAAGUUAUAUUUUGGUUUCAUCUGACCAUAUGACAUUCUCCCAAUCCUCUUCUGGAUCAUCCAAAUGCACUCUAUCAAACUUCAGACGGGCCUGGACAUGUACUGGCUUAAGCAGGGGGACACGUCUGGCACUGUCUUUUAUACUGAUAACAAGUUCAAACAGGUGCCAUUAAUACAGGUAACGAGUGGAGGACAGAGGAGCCUCUUAAAGAAGAAGUUACAGGUCUGUGAGAGCCAGAAAUCUUGCUUGUUUGUAGGUGACCAAAUACUUAUUUUCCACCAUAAUUUGCAAAUAAAUUCAUAAAAAAUCCUACAAUGUGAUUUUCUGGAUUAUUUUUCCUCAAUUUGUCUGUCAUAGUUGACGUGUACCUAUAAUGUAAAUUACAGGCCUCUCUCAUCUUUUUAAGUGGGAGAACUUGCACAAUUGGUGGCUGACUAAAUACUUUUUUCCCCCACUGUAGCUACCCUUUGCCUUGAUGACAGCUUUGCACAAUUUUUUUUUGCUGGUCUCUGGGGAGAUAAAUCUAGCUAGCUAAGUCAGCCAUUGACUAGGCUAUCAAUAGCUAGAUAAAGGCAUAUGCCAUUCAACUGUAUUAGGGCAGUGGAAUCAACCAAUCACAUUUUGACUUAAUGGGUGCGACAGUUUUUACACAAACUUAUGGAAACUUCUGCCUUCUUGAAGGCCAACAGGUCACUGCUCAGUAAGGAGCAGUAGUUUUCCCACGGUCUAGCUAGCUAGCUUUUGUUGUCAGAUAGUUUGCAGUGGCUGCAGCAAGUGUUAUCAAAGAGGAUGUUGUUGCUAAUUUGUUAGCUUCUCCCUUUUCAAGAAUAACUUUCAACAAGAAGUUAAGUUUCAAAUGAUCAUCAUCUGGUGUGUGGAGCUGUGUUUUUUAUUGCAGUGCGCUUGCUGUUGUUAGCCAUCUCUUUGAAAAUAACUUGUGUGUGAAACAUUGUUGCAUUUAAAGUGGAACUGAAAGCAUUUUAGCAACAUUAAAUCUUAUUAAAAUCUGUUCAUAUACACCCCCAGGAAGAAUAUUACACUUUUUAAAACAUUUUCUGACAAGGGACCACUAAGAUUUCAUUUUCACAUUUUCAUAAAUUCUUAGAACGUCUGGGAAUGAUGUAUACUAUGGCAUUUGUGAAAAUUCUAUAGUAAUAUAGAGUGGGAACGCGGUCGUGCGUUUGGACAAUUAAUAGACACUGCAAGAAAUAAAACCGAAUAAAAACAUCUGUCUUAUCCAGGACUGGAGUCUACACAGACCGGUGCACUAUAGCCAAUCAGAGCUACAGUAGACCUUUAUAAAAACAAGCCAUUUGCGACAUUCACUUUGAACUUGACUGUGUGUUUACAGGCAGUUGCAACAGCACGACUUUAGAUAAUUAGAAUGCAUUUGCCAAAAGCCACAAAAUACACCUGAAUGGAUUUCUGCAAAAACAGUGCAUUCGGAAAGUAUUCAGACCCCUUCACUUUUUCCACAUUUUGUUACGUUACAGCCUUACUAUAAAAUUCAUUAAAUUUUUAUAUUUCCUCAUCAAUCUACACACAAUAACCCAUAAUGACAAAGCAAAAACAGGUUUUUAUAAAUUUUUGCUAAUUUAUCAUUUAAAAAAACCCUGAAAUAUCACAUUUACUCAGUACUUUGUUGAAGCACCUUUGCAGCGACUACAGCCUCAAGUCUUCUUGGGUAUGACGCUACAAGCUUGGAACACCUGUAUUUGGGGAGUUUCUCCCAUUCUUCUCUGCAGAUCCUCUCAAGCUCUGUCAGGUUGGAGUGUUCCUGCACAGCUAUUUUCAGGUCUCUCCAGAGAUGUUUGAUCUGGUUCAAGUCCAGGCUCUGGCUGUGCCACUCAAGGACAUUCAGAGACUUGUCCCGAAGCCACUGCUGCGUUGUCUUGGCCGUGUGUUUAGGGUCGUUGUCCUGUUGAAAGGUGAACCUUCACCCCAGUUUGAGGUCCUGAGCGCUCUGGAGCAGGUUUUCAUCAAGGAUCUCUCUGUACUUUGCUCCGUUCAUCUUUGCCUCGAUCCUGACUAGUCUCCCAGUCCCUGCCGCUGAAAAACAUCCCCACAGCAUGAUGCUGCCACCACGCUUCACCGUAGCGAUGGUGCCAGGUUUCAUCAGACCAGAGAAUCUUGUUUCUCAUGGUCUGAGAGUCUUUAGGUGCCUUUUGGCAAACUCCAAGCAGGCUGUCAUGUUCCUUUUACUGAGGAGUGGCUCCCGUCUGGCCACUCUACCAUAAAGGCCUGAUUGGUGGAGUGCUGCAGAGAUGGUUGUCCUUCUGGAAAGUUCUCCCAUCUCCACAGAGGAACUCUGGAGCGCUGUCAGAGUGACCGUCGGGUUCUUGGUCACCUCCCUGACCAAGGCCCUUCUCCCCCGAUUGUUCAGUUUGGCAAGGCGGCCUGCUCUAUGAAGAGUCUUGGUGGUUCCAAACUUCUUUCAUUUAAGAAUGAUUGAGGGCACUCUGUUCUUGGGGACGUCAAUGCUGCAAAAAUGUCAGUCAAGGGGUCUGAAUACUUGAGAUAUAUAUAUAUAUAUAUAUAUAUAUAUAUAUAUAUAUAUAUAUAUAUAUAUAUAUAUAUAUAUAUAUUGGUACACUGUAAUGCUAAAACACACAGUACAAACAUGUAUGCAAUGUUUUAUAAUACAUUAUAACACAUUACCCAUAGGCACUCAGCUUUGUGUUUCUUGUCAAACAUGUUACAUAAUGUUAUUGACAUAGUAUACCCACUGGAAACUGUGAAAGUGGAUAGGACAAUGCAUAGAACUAGAUCAGGAUGAAAGACUGAACUUGGAAAGUAAGACUUGGCUCAGUUUGUUUCACAGUGAGGCAGAAAUGAGUUGAGUCCUGAAGUAAAGAGUCUAUAUAGGACACCAGUUACUACUACUGUAGAUCAGGGGCCGUAUCCACAAAGCUUCUCAGAGUAGAGUGCUGAGAAUAGAGACAUUUUACUCCUUCUCUUACAGGUCAAAAUAAAAGCUAUGCAUAAGAGUCCUACCUAGUCGACAUAUAUAUAGGAGAACUCGUGAGCUGUCCUAACUAGUUAAGAGUUACCAGCAGAUGUCUUGAUAAUAGAAAAAGGUAGCAAGUCAGUGAUUCCUGCACCAUAGACAGACAAAGUGCUUAAUUUGAGCCGGAUCCGGCACCUCUCAGAUUUGACUUUGUUUGUUACGGCUCCUAUUCACCCAGAUCCGGUAACUCUCGCGGCAUGAUUUAUUAAUUAUUUCACUGUUCGCACUGUAAACAUUCUAAUAAAAGCGAUCAGCAUUAAAUCAAGUUGCCUCGUUAUUUCUCCCGCCCCCCAGAAAGACCAUCAUGUAAAAGCGCGGUGAUCCUUCUAUGUAAUCAUCCUAUCCUGCCACACUGAUUCCAGACCUGCUCUCUUAUUUGAAGUACUACAGGCAAUUGCUUUGGAGUUGUUUACAUUUUUGGUGUUGAUAUUUCUGUAUAAUCAACCCAUAAGUAAUCUAGACCUACAUGCAACAGUAGCUCUUGCGCUUUUGACAAUGAUUUCACGAGGCCUAAUUCACAUGAUAUGCCUAAAUACAGUGGGGGAAAAAAGUAUUUAGUCAGCCACCAAUUGUGCAAGUUCUCCCACUUAAAAAUAUGAGAGAGGCCUGUAAUUUUCAUCAUAGGUACACGUCAACUAUGACAGACAAAAUGAGAAAAAAAAAUCCAGAAAAUCACAUUGUAGGAUUUUUAAUGAAUUUAUUUGCAAAUUAUGGUGGAAAAUAAGUAUUUGGUCACCUACAAACAAGCAAGAUUUCUGGCUCUCACAGACCUGUAACUUCUUCUUUAAGAGGCUCCUCUGUCCUCCACUCGUUACCUGUAUUAAUGGCACCUGUUUGAACUUGUUAUCAGUAUAAAAGACACCUGUCCACAACCUCAAACAGUCACACUCCAAACUCCACUAUGGCCAAGACCAAAGAGCUGUCAAAGGACACCAGAAACAAAAUUGUAGACCUGCACCAGGCUGGGAAGACUGAAUCUGCAAUAGGUAAGCAGCUUGGUUUGAAGAAAUCAACUGUGGGAGCAAUUAUUAGGAAAUGGAAGACAUACAAGACCACUGAUAAUCUCCCUCGAUCUGGGGCUCCACGCAAGAUCUCACCCCGUGGGGUCAAAAUGAUCACAAGAACGGUGAGCAAAAAUCCCAGAACCACACGGGGGGACCUAGUGAAUGACCUGCAGAGAGCUGGGACCAACAAAGCCUACCAUCAGUAACACACUACGCCGCCAGGGACUCAAAUCCUGCAGUGCCAGACGUUUCCCCCUGCUUAAGCCAGUACAUGUCCAGGCCCGUCUGAAGUUUGCUAGAGUGCAUUUGUAUGAUCCAGAAGAGGAUUGGGAGAAUGUCAUAUGGUCAGAUGAAACCAAAAUAGAACUUUUUGGUAAAAACUCAACUCGUCGUGUUUGGAGGACAAAGAAUGCUGAGUUGCAUCCAAAGAACACCAUACCUACUGUGAAGCAUGGGGGUGGAAACAUCAUGCUUUGGGGCUGUUUUUCUGCAAAGGGACCAGGAAGACUGAUCCGUGUAAAGGAAAGAAUGAAUGGGGCCAUGUAUCGUGAGAUUUUGAGUGAAAACCUCCUUCCAUCAGCAAGGGCAUUGAAGAUGAAAUGUGGCUGGGUCUUUCAGCAUGACAAUGAUCCCAAACACACGGCCCGGGCAACGAAGGAGUGGCUUCGUAAGAAGCAUUUCAAGGUCCUGGAGUGGCCUAGCCAGUCUCCAGAUCUCAACCCCAUAGAAAAUCUUUGGAGGGAGUUGAAAGUCUGUGUUGCCCAGCGACAGCCCCAAAACAUCACUGCUCUAGAGGAGAUCUGCAUGGAGGAAUGGGCCAAAAUACCAGCAACAGUGUGUGAAAACCUUGUGAAGACCUACAGAAAACGUUUGACCUGUGUCAUUGCCAACAAAGGGUAUAUAACAAAGUAUUGAGAAACUUUUGUAAUUGACCAAAUACUUAUUUUCCACCAUAAUUUGCAAAUAAAUUCAUAAAAAUCCUACAAUGUGAUUUUCCUCAUUUUGUCUGUCAUAGUUGACGUGUACCUAUGACGAAAAUUACAGGCCUCUCUCAUCUUUUUAAGUGGGAGAACUUGUACAAUUGGUGGCUGACUAAAUACUUUUUUUCCCCACUGUACUUACAGGCCUAACCACUACGUUAAUAAAUAAUCAUAUAUUUUUCUUUCGAUUAUUUAAUUAUCAUAUUAUUUCAAGUUAUCCCUUUGGAGUGCAAUAUCACAUUGUUAAAAAUGUAUGUGAACUUUGAUUGUGUUCGGUGAAAAUGAUAGACCUUUAAAACAUUUUAUGCAACAUUAUCGGCAAGUGACUUGAUGCCUACUGUGCCAAAGCGAUUUACUAUAAUAUUAUCAAAAUUCUAGUUCUACCAACCAUCCUGAUUCAAUAUAUCUAUCACAUUAUUCAAAAUGUCAGAAUUUGUCUUGCCUACUUUUGACAUUUAAGAGUAGGCAAAGUGAUCGUGUCAGGCGAAAAAUUAUAUCAAACGUUUUAUCAUUACAACAUUUGAUGUACGGUCACAUUCACUGUGGUUGUCUGUCGAUGCCUCAUCGCGAUUGGUUAUUCCCCAUAAUUUGCAACAAUGGCAAUGAGUGUUUUUUUUAUAUCUUUCCUUUGAGUUGCCUCAAACUGUUGUGAUUACCAGCUGAGAUAAACUUUUAUGAGUUGAUUUGACUUCUGGCUCAGUUUGUCUGGACAUCAUCCUAAAACCUACUCUGAGCUGGGAGUUUUUUGUUGUUGUUGUCUUAAAACAGGUUUUAACAGGAUUCCUAGCACCUUUUCUGAGAUGCUUUGUGGAUAUGGGCCCUGGUCCCAUACUUUUCAAUGACUAGACGUUAUGUUUGGAUUCAAUCUGGCUAGAUGCUCCAUCCAGUGUAUAGGUCAACGAGGCACAGCCUUCUACCAUCAUCACCCCUCUCUCAUUAUGUAGGCACGCACACACUCACAUGCACACACACACACACACACACACACACACACACACACACACACACACACACACACACACACACACACACACACACACACACACACACACACACACACACAUACACACACACACAAAGAGACAAAAAAAACUCCCAGCUCAGAGUAGGUUUUAGGAUGAUGUUAAAGGUCAAAUACUGCUGUUUUUAUCUCAAUAUCAAAUAAUCUCUGGGUAACAAUUAAGUACCUUACUGUGAUUGUUUUAAAUUAAAAUGGUCCAAAAAUAAACAAAAAUAGCUUCUUAGCAAAGGGCAAUUUCUCAAGCAAUAAUUUAGCUAUGACUGUCUGGGAGUGGUCUGAGUGGGGAGGGGAAAACUGAAAAUUAACUUAUUGGCAGAGAGGUUUGGAACUCUCUUUGUUAUUGGUCUAUUAACUAAUUUACCACAUGGUGAUAUCACCAUGGAAGGCCAAAACUCCAUCCCACCAAGGGAGGACAUUUCAGGUGGUCUUUUCAAACAACUCUUACACUAAAAGGGCAUUAUCAGCAUUUUCACAAUUUCACAGUAUUUUUCCAUCCUCAUAGUGUGGAAAUAUAUAUAAAACACAUGAAAAUCAAGUUUUUGACUUCAGUGGGCCUUUAAGACACUUCCUAGACAAACUCUUGAGUUUUUCUCUGCUGGUAAUCUUGACAUUUUGAGGUACUGCAAAGGAAAGAUCGUGAUGACACUCAUUAACAUUGUUGCAAAUGAUGAGGAAUAACCAAUCGCGAUAAGGCAUUGCCAGCUGUGAACUCUAUAGCAUGCUUCAGACAACCACAGUGAAUGUGACUGUACAUCAAAUGUUCAUCACUUCGACUACACCAUCACUUCGACUACUCUUAAUUAUCGCCUAAUAUGUUGGCAUGCAUAAUCUUUUAUUAACCAAUUCUGAUGAUUGUUAAAAGGAAUUUUGGACAACUGAAUUUUGACAAUAUUCCCAUUAUUAACACACUCGUCACUCCUGUUUAACAACUCUAAAUCGCUUUGGCACAGUACAUCAAGUCACUUGCUGAUAAUGUUGCAUACAACAUUUGAAAGGUCUAUCAUUUUCAUUGAACCCAGUCAAAGUUAACAAUUGCCCAACUAAUCUUUUUUAACAACGUGAUGUGGCACUCCGAAGGGAUAACUUGGAAUAACAUGCUGUAGGUAAUUAAAUCAUCGAAAUAAAAACGUGUUUAUUUAUUAGCCUAGUGUUAAUUAUUUAUGCAUAUCAUGUGAAAUCAUUGUCAAUAGUGCAAGCAAUACAUUUGCAUGUAGGUCUAGAUUAUUUAUGGUUGAUCAUAUAGAAAUAGCAAAACAUUGCCUUAACAACUCCAAAACAAUUGCAUGUGGUGCUGCAUUUUUCUAUUAUCAAGACACCUGCUGGUAACUCUUAACUGGUUAGGACAGCUCAUGAGGUCUAUUAAAUAUCAGUCGACUAGGUGGGACUCUUAUGGCUAUAGAGGCUUAAUGCAUUGCUUUCCCUCUAUUCUCUGCACUUAAGACCAAAUUUCUACUCUGAGUAGCUUUGUGGAUACGGGCCCAGACGUGUAUUUGAGUAUUUAAAAAAACUUUUUUCAAAUACACAGCCCAAACCAAGUAUUUUUAUUUGAGUAUUUUAAUGGUUGUUUGUAAAAACCAAAUAUAAUUGUAUUAUACUUAUUUCAAAUAUUGCAAAUACCUGGAUUAAAAGUAAUUGAAAUACGUGAAAUAGUAUUUGAACCCCAGGUGUGACACAAACACACACACACACACACACACCAUUAUUAUCACCUCUCUCUCAUCUCUCAAGCCUUCUCAAGCUCUCUCCUCUUUGCUUUGAUUAAAUUACUCAUCUUAUGGAUACUUUAAAGAUUGAAUCCUUAGCUGCUACAUCCAUUUUUUGACAUAAAUUAAUGAUAUACACCCAUUGAUUCUUGAAGAGUAUAACUUAUAAAUGCCUAAUGGGCUUAGUUCAACUGUCAUACCCAUCAGAACCCAAAACAUUAGCUUGUUUGACUCCAAUGUUUGUAAACAAUGUAAAUGUAAAAAAACACUGUAUAGCCUCAAAACAUAGUUAAAACUAUACCUUUGAUACUAGAUCAUUGAUUGUUAGUCCUUGCAUCCAUACCUCUGGUUACAUUUCUCCAGGCCUGUCCCUCUGUAUUUUUGACCAAAAACAGAGGCGGAAACCACUUUGUUAUUGUUUCAAUUAAGGAUUCUAGCUUUAAAGUCUAAAGUCAAGACUCUCCUCCUGAGCUCAGACUCCUGCUCAUUCACUGGGACAAUGCAGCUGAAAUGGCUGUUCAGUCUGCAGUUUCCUCUGCUCAUGCAGAUAUUAGUGUAUUGGGGGAAACUGUGAAGUCAACAUGGCUCCCUUUAGUGUGUCUGGUAAUGUCAUUGUAAUUACGUGACUCGUCAUGGUAACUCGUGGUUUGUGCACGUUGCUGCCACUGCAAGGGUGUUACAUAUAAUCUCUCUCUCUCUCUCUUCACCCCCUUCUCUCCUCCCUCUUUCUCUUCACCCCCCCCCCCCCCCUCUAUCCCCCUUCUUUCUGUCUCCCCCCCUCCCUCCAGGUCUCAGAGUGUAACUGGCCCUCCCGCCAGGCUCCCAGCCUGCAUAACCUGUUUGCGGUGUGUAAGAACAUGCACAACUGGCUCAAACAGAACCCCAAGAAUGUGUGUGUCAUCACCUGCUCGGUAAGGCCAGACCCAGAGUUGUUAUUCAGAUUAACUGUCAUCUCUACUUCACUCUGUCCUUUUUCCCUCUGUUCCUCCUCUCUUGUUUUACAUGCCAUUCCUUUCUCUCCUCCUUCCUACCUCCAUCUCCUACACCCUCCUCCUCCCCCUGUUCUUGGUGCCUCUAUCCCGAGAAUUAACACUCAUCCUAACUUCCCUCUUGUUUACACACCAUUCCUCUCUCUCCCCAUCUCCUCCUUCCAUUUCCUCCUUCCAUUUCUUCCUCCUCCUCCUCCUCCUCCUCCUCCUCCUCCUCCUCCUCCUCUCAUUGUUUCCUCCCUCCCGUCCUGGGUUUGUUCUGGGUUUGUCCUGGGUUUGUCCUGGGUUUGUUCUGGGUUUGUGGGACUGCCUGGGGUCCAAGGGUAAUACCGCUUUGAGUACUUAGGCUGCUGUUUCUGUGUCAGCUUCAGUUUCCACUGACCUAUUUCACUGCCAUUGCAUACCUUUAGCAAAGACAGAUGGUCUCUGUAUUCAAGAGAUAAUAGAACAAUUGUAGACUACAGUAGAAUAUAAUAUAAUUUAAAAAAAAAACCGGAUUGUCCAUUUGCUGUAGCAAAAUAAUUAUGGGUCGAGAAAAGUAUACAUAUUUAGAGGAGUACUGUACAUAUUUGACUUAAGUACUACAGUAUACUAUGACUAUGGAAUGUCAUGUUUUCCAUCUUGCGGUAUGUGAUUUCAUUGUGGAUGGCAAGUUUAUCUGUGUUGAAUGUCACUUUUCGUAUUUUUUCCUAAAACUUGCAUUUUGUGUUGAAGCAAGAAUGCUGGAUGUAUUUAUACAUCUGGUUAUGUUUAUUAAACAAAAGGACACAGGAAUUAUAUUUAUAUACUGUCUGUUUACUAACACUCACAGUGGCAGCAGAGACGUGAUAAACUCUGUGUGUGGUGUCCCUGUUUAGUGUUAGUGUGAUGAGGCGGUGUUGAAGGAGUCAGGCGCAGGAGGGUAAAUCACAGAAUAACAGGCUUUAAUCUGCACAAUAAAGGUUUACGCAGAAAUGCGUCACACACACUCCAGGGCACAAAACAGGUGCACUGGAAAAUACAAGGCACACGGGAAAAUACUCCCGUCGAUACACAAUACACGAGCUCCACCUUCACUAACCUCCACAAUAAACAAUCACCCACACAGACAAGGAAGCAGUAGGGAACACAUAUACAAUGACUAAUGAGAGAUAAGGACCAGGUGUGUGUGAUUGAAGACAAGACAAAUGGAGUGAUGAUAAAUGGAUCGGCAGUAGCUAGUAAGCCGGUGACGCCGAAACCUGCCCGAACAAGGAGGGGAGGCAGCCUCGGCGGAAGUCGUGACAGUUAGUGGAGGAAUAAGUAGACGUGGGGCUGAAAUCACAGAUACUGUAGUCCCAACUCCUUGUUACUCAUUGUCAUGAGUGAUAGCAAUUGGCCAUGCACAGGAAACAUGGAAUGGCCCUCCUAGCUUCUAGGAAUCAUGCAUUGAGUUGUGUGAAGUGAUGCACUGUAAGCUUGCUGCAACUCUUUUUUCAUCAUUCGCCCUCUUAAGGAUGGCCGUGCUCCCUCGGGUGUGCUGGUCUGUGCCAUGUUCUGCUUCUGUCCACCUCUUCACCAACCCAGUACCCGCCAUGCAGCUGCUCAGCGCCAAGAGACCCGGCUCAGGCCUCUGGCCCUCGCACCGGAGGUAGGGCAACAGAGAGGGUGUGUGUGUCUGUGUGUGUGUGUGUGUGUGUGUGUGUGUGUGUGUGUGUUUAUACUGAUUUAUUGCCGUUAAUUGCAAUGGAAAACACAGCAGCAACAAUUAGUAAAGUGAAAUAAAAUGAUCCAUAUACAGGGCCUUCAGAAAGUAUUCAUACCCCUUGACUUAUUCCACAUUUUAUUGUGUUACAGCCUGAAUUCAAAAUGGAUGAAAUAUAUCUAUUUUUCUCACCCAUCUACACACAAUACCCCAUAAUGACGAAGUGAAAACAUGAAAAUGUAUUGAUGAUGAAAUACAGAAAUAUCUCAUUUACAUAAGUAUUUACACCACUGAGUCAAUACUUCAUAGAAGCACCUUUGGCAGCGAUUACAGCUGUGAGUCUCUAAGAGCUUUCCACACCUGCAACAUUUGCCCAUUAUUCUUUUUCAGAAUUCUUCAAGAGCUGUCAAAUUGGUUGUUGAUCAUUUUUAGGUCUUGCCAUAGAUUUUCAAGUAGAUUUAAGUCAAAACUGUAACACGGCCAUGCAGGAACAUUCACUGUCUUCUUGGUAAGCAACUCCAGUGUAGAUUUGGCCUUGUGUUUUAGGUUAUUGUCCUGCUGAAAGGUGAUUUAAUCUCCCAGUGUCUGGUGGAAAGCAGACUGAACCAGGUUUUCAUCUAGGAUUUUGCAUGUGCUUAGCUCCAUUCCGUUUCUUUUUUAUCCUGAAAAACUCCCCAGUUCUUAACGAUUACAAGCAUACCCAUAACAUAAUGCAGCCACCACUAUUCUUGAAAAUAUGGAGAUUGGUUGUGUUGUAUUGGAGUUGCCCCAAACAUAACCCUUUGUAUUCAAGACAAAAAGUUAAUUGCUUUGCCACAUUUAUUUCAGCAUUUCUUUAGUGCCUUGUUGCAAACAGGAUGCAUAUUUUGGAAUAUUUUUAUUCUGUACAGGUGUCCUAUUUUUCACUCUGUCAAUUAGGUUAGUAUUGUAGAGUAACUACAAUGUUGUUGAUCCAUCCUCAGUUUUCUCCUAUCACAGCCAUUACUCUGUAACUGUUUUAAAGUCACCAUUGGUCUCAUGGUCAAAUCCCUGAGCAGUUUCCUUCCUCUCCGGCAACUGAGUUAGGAAGGACACCUGUAUCUUUGUAGUGACUGUGUGUAUUGAUACACCAUCAAAAGUGUAAUUAAUAACUUCAUCAUGCUGAAAAGGAAAUUCAAUGUCUGCUUUUUUUUAUCCAUCUACCAAUAGGUGCCCUUCUUUGCGAGGCAUUGGAAAACCUCCCUGGUCUUUAUGGUUGAAUCUGUGUUUGAAAUUCACUGCUCAACUGAGGGACCUUACAGAUAAUUGUAUGUGUGGGGUACAGAGAUGAGGUAGUAAUUCAAAAAUCAUGUUAAACACUAUUGCACACAGAGUGAGUCCAAUCAACUUUUUAUGUGACUUGUUAAGCACAUUUUUACUCAUGAUCUAUUUAGGUUUGCCAUAACAAAGGGGUUGAAUACUUACUGACUGAAGACAUUUCAGCUUUUCAUUCUUAAUUCAUUUGUAAAAAAUGUGAAAAACAUAAUUCCACUUUGACAUUAUGGGGUAUUGUGUGUAGGCCAGUGACAAGAAAUCUCAAUUUAAUCAAUUUUCAAUUCAGGUUGUAACACAACACAAUGUAGAAAAGAUCAAGGGGUGUGAAUACUUCCUGAAGGCACUGUAAACAGUCUGAGUUUGUUCAUGUUUAGAUGGAUGAACAUAAAAACCUCCCUCCUCCUUCCUCCUCCCCAUCCAUUACUCUCCUAAAUCCUUUACGAGCCUAUUUAUUUUCCGAUGGCUGAGUUGCAACAGCAUAAAGCAACACACACACCCCUCCUCGGCUACCUAACACCCAUACAGCCACACAGAUGCUUCUCAAUAACAAAGACUCCUUCAUCCUUCAGUGCAGAGAGAGAGAGGCCGAUGUAUGAAGACAGUGGAAACCAAGCAUCAUCUUUGUUGUUGAUUUGACAUUGUGUUUUUGAAACUGGGAAGGAUUUUUGUGCAAGACUUUUGUGCAAGAACCACAUAGGAAAGAUGAUUUUCAAGUAUAUAACUUUAAGAUGGAUAGCUUUGUGAUUUUCUAGCACAAAAAUAUCUUAUCCCCUGUAUUAAUGUACAUAGACAAUGUUUGUUUUUAGACAGUACUCAGUGCUUAGGGGAGUUUAAUGUGUGUAACCAUACAUACUCUUUCUCUCUCUCUUCUCCAGGUACAUAGGCUAUGUGUGCAGUAUGGUAUCAGAGAAGCCCUCCCUGCCCCACUCCAAGCCCCUGGUGGUCAAGGCGGUCACCAUGAGUCCAGUACCCUGCUUCAACAAACAACGCAUCGGCUGCAGACCAUUCUGUGAGGUCCUCAUAGGGGAGACUAAGAUCUUCUCUACAGCACAGGACUAUGAGAGGAUGCGGUAGGGACAGAUGCAGACACACACGUAGAUCUGGAUCGUCACCUUUUUCUUAAUCCUGGAUCCUCGAAUGACUUUGUUGGUCCUGGAUUAUCUAGUGCACUGUGUCGGAGACACACACACACACACCAUCUCUGACUACCUCUUUCUUUUUCUCUUUCUCUGUCUCUCUCAUCCCCUCUUUCUCAGAGAGCACAGGGUCCAGGAGGGGAAGGUGGUCUUCCCUCUAGGUGUGAAUGUCCAGGGUGAUGUGGUCAUCUCUGUCUAUCAUAUGAGGAACACCAUAGGAGGACGACUGCAGGCCAAGGUACAGUAUGGGGCUAGCCUAGCAUGCUAACACAACACUGACACACUGUUUGCCUGAGGCUGAUGGUUCGGGUCCCUGAAUCGACUGGGUGGGGGAUCUGUCCUUGUGCCCUUUGGCGGGGCGCUUGACUCUGGUUGCUCCUGUGGGUCGCUCUGGAUGGGAGUGUCUGCUAGAUGACUGAAUGCAAUGUAAUGUUGAGCAGCUUCAAUGCAGGUAGAUUGUAAGUUUUAAAUAUAUAUAUAUAUAUAUAUAUAUAUAUAUAUAAAUACACACACACACACACACACAUACACUACCAUUCAAAUGUUUGGGGUCACUUAGAAAUGUCCUUGUUUUCGAUAGAAAAGCAUUUUUUUUGCCCAUUAAAAUAACAUCAAAAUGAUCAGAAAUACAGUGUAGACAUUGUUAAUGUUGUAAAUGGCUAUUGUAGCUGGAAACUGCUGAUUUUUAAUGGAAUAUCUACAUAGGCGUACAGAGGCCCAUUAUCAGCAACCAUCAGUCCUGUGUUCCAAUGGCACGUUGUGUUUGCUAAUCGAAGUUUAUCAUUUUAAAAGGCUAAUUGAUCAUUAGAAAACCCUUUUGCAAUUAUGUUAGCACAGCUGAAAACCGUUGUGCUGAUUAAAGAAGCAAUAAAACUGGCCUUCUUGAGACUAGUUGAGUAUCUGGAGCAUCAGCAAUUGUGGGUUCAAUUACAGGCUCAAAAUGGCCAGAAACAAAGAACUUUCUUCUGAAACUCGUCAGUCUAUUCUUGUUCUGAGAAAUGAAGGCUAUUCCAUGCGAGAAAUUGCCAAGAAACUGAAGAUCUCGUACAACGCUGUGUACUACUCCCUUCACAGAACAGCGCAAACUGGCUCUAACCAGAAUAGAAAGAGGAGUGGGAGGCCCUGGUGCACAACUGAGCAAGAGGACAAAUACAUUAGAGUCCUCAACUGGCAGCUUCAUUAAAUAGUACCCGCAAAACACCAGUCUCAACAUCAACAGUGAAGAGGCGACUCUGGGAUGCUGACCUUCUAGGCAGAGUUGCAAAGAAAAAGCCAUAUCUCAGACUGGCCAAUAAAAAUAAAAGAUGGGCAAAAGAACACAGACACUGGACAGAGGAAGAUUGGAAAAAAGUGUUAUGGACAGACGAAUCGAAGUUUGAGGUGUUCGGAUCACAAAGAAUAACAUUUGUGAGACGCAGACCAAAUGAAAAGAUUCUGGAGGAGUGCUUGAUGCCAUCUGUCAAGCAUGGUGGAGGCAAUGUGAUGGUCUGGGGUGCUUUGGUGGUGGUUAAGUGGGAGAUUUGUACAGGGUAAAAGGGAUCUUGGAAGAAGGAAGGCUAUCACUCCAUUUUGCAAGGCCAUGCCAUACCCUGUGGACGGCACUUGAUUGGAGCCAAUUUCCUCCGGACAAUGACCCAAAGCACAGCUCCAAACUAUGCAAUAACUAUUUAGGGAAGAAGCAGUCAGCUGGUAUUCUGUCUAUAAUGGAGUGGCCAGCACAGUCAACGGAUCUCAACCCUAUUGAGACGUUGUGGGAGCAGCUUGACCGUAUGGUACGUAAGAAGUGCCCAUCAAGCCAAUCCAACUUGGGUGAGGUGCUUCAGGAAGCAUGGGGUGAAAUCUCUUCAGAUUACCUCAACAAAUUGACAACUAGAAUGCCAAAGGUCUGCAAGGCUGUAAUUGCUGGAAAUUGAGGAUUCUUUGACGAAAGCAAAGUUUGGACACAAUUAUUAUUUCAAUUAAAAAUCAUUAUUUCGAACCUUGUCAAUGACUUCAUUUCCUAUGCAUUUUGCUCUAUUUCCUAUUCAAACUCAUUUCAUGUAUGUUUUCAUGGAAAACAAGGACAUUUCUAAGUGACCCCAAACAUUUGAACAGUAGUGUGUGUGUGUAUAUAUAUAUAUAUAUAUAUAUAUAUACAGUGGGGAAAAAAAGUAUUUAGUCAGCCACCAAUUGUGCAUGUUCUCCCACUUAAAAAGAUGAGAGAGGCCUGUAAUUUUCAUCAUAGGUACACGUCAACUAUGACAGACAAAAUGAGAUUUUUUUUCUCCAGAAAAUCACAUUGUAGGAUUUUUAAUGAAUUUAUUUGCAAAUUAUGGUGGAAAAUAAGUAUUUGGUCAAUAACAAAAGUUUCUCAAUACUUUGUUAUAUACCCUUUGUUGGCAAUAACACAGGUCAAACGUUUUCUGUAAGUCUUCACAAGGUUUUCACACACUGUUGCUGGUAUUUUGGCCCAUUCCUCCAUGCAGAUCUCCUCUAGAGCAGUGAUGUUUUGGGGCUGUCGCUGGGCAACACGGACUUUCAACUCCCUCCAAAGAUUUUCUAUGGGGUUGAGAUCUGGAGACUGGCUAGGCCACUCCAGGACCUUGAAAUGCUUCUUACGAAGCCACUCCUUUGUUGCCCGGGCGGUGUGUUUGGGAUCAUUGUCAUGCUGAAAGACCCAGCCAUGUUUCAUCUUCAAUGCCCUUGCUGAUGGAAGGAGGUUUUCAAUCAAAAUCUCACGAUACAUGGCCCCUUUCAUUCUUUCCUUUACACGGAUCAGUCGUCCUGGUCCCUUUGCAGAACAACAGCCCCAAAGCAUGAUGUUUCCACCCCCAUGCUUCACAGUAGGUAUGGUGUUCUUUGGAUGCAACUCAGCAUUCUUUGUCCUCCAAACAUGACGAGUUUAGUUUUUACCAAAAAGUUACAUUUUGGUUUCAACUGACCAUAUGACAUUCUCCCAAUCCUCUUCUGGAUCAUCCAAAUCCAAAUUUCAGACGGGCCUGGACAUGUACUGGCUUAAGCAGGGGGACACAUCUGGCACUGCAGGAUUUGAGUCCCUGGCGGCGUAGUGUGUUACUGAUGGUAGGCUUUGUUACUUUGGUCCCUGCUCUCUGCAGGUCAUUCACUAGGUCCCCCCGUGUGGUUCUGGGAUUUUUGCUCACCGUUCUUGUGAUCAUUUUGACCCCACGGGGUGAGAUCUUGCAUGGAGCCCCAGAUCGAGGGAGAUUAUCAGUGGUCUUGUAUGUCUUCCAUUUCCUAAUAAUUGCUCCCACAGUUGAUUUCUUCAAACCGAGCUGCUUACCUAUUGCAGAUUCAGUCUUCCCAGCCUGGUGCAGGUCUACAAUUUUGUUUCUGGUGUCCUUUGACAGCUCUUUGGUCUUGGCCAUAGUGGAGUUUGGAGUGUGACUGUUUGAGGUUGUGGACAGGUGUCUUUUAUACUGAUAACAAGUUCAAACAGGUGCCAUUAAUACAGGUAACAAGUGGAGGACAGAGGAGCCUCUUAAAGAAGAAGUUACAGGUCUGUGAGAGCCAGAAACCUUGCUUGUUUGUAGGUGACCAAAUACUUAUUUUCCACCAUAAUUUGCAAAUAAAUUCAUAAAAAAUCCUACAAUGUGAUUUUCUGGAUUUUGUUUUCGCAAUUUGUCUGUCAUAGUUGACGUGUACCUAUGAUGAAAAUUACAGGCCUCUCUGAUCUUUUUAAGUGGGAGAACUUGCACAAUUGGUGGCUGACUAAAUACUUUUUUUCCCCACUGUAUAUAUAUAUAUAUAUAUAUAUAUAUAUAUAUAUAUAUAUAUUAUAUAUAUAUAUAUAUAUAUAUGAAAACACUGACACACUGACACUCACAUAUUAUGAUAUGCUAUACUAUGGGAGAUUCUGUUAGCUCUGAUUCUAUUGGACCAUAUCCUGAUACAUUGGCAUUUACAGACAGAGAUUACGCUCUGGGAGAUACUGUCAAACUCUGACACAUUGACAUACAAUGAUGGACUACCAUCUAAUCUGACAGAUUGUGUGCCCUGAAUGAACAUAAACAAAGCACUAAUGCAUUCAGACUAAAUUAGAAUCAGUCCCUGAUGAUCAUAAGUCUCAACAGUAUCAUUGUUUGAAAAAGUUCCACUACCUGAAUCUAACUAUGUGAUUGCUGGUUGGUAUUUGCAGGUGUCCAACACCCAGAUAUUACAGAUCCAGUUCCACACAGGCUUCAUCGCUCCAGGGACCACCGUGUUAAAGUUUACAAAGUGAGCACCUCUCUCCUAUGUCAUCUGUACAUGUGAAGUAUUAACAUGUAAAAUACUUUAUAUUGUUUAAAUGUCGGUGUAUGUCAUGAUAUGGACAUGGUUCUUACUUGAAAUAGUGAAUGAAGAACUAACUAACUCUCUAUCUGACACACACCACACACACCCCUGUCUAGGCCGGAGCUGGAUGCGUGUGACUCUCCAGAGAAGUACCCCCAACUGUUCCAUGUGUUGGUGGACAUUGAGGUGGAGAGUACAGACAAGCAGAAGGACCUGACCCCUCCCUGGGAACAGUUCCCUAAUAAAGACCUGAUCCCCAACGUACUGUUCUCAUGUCACCAAGAGCACCAGGACGCCCUUGCCAUCGCAGGUAGGGCAGAGGGGUGGACAACACACAGACACACAGGACAGAUGGACACGCACACAUAGUAACAGUCACAGAUACACUGUGUGAGUCCAGAUGGACACACACACACACACACAGGCAAAGAUGUUCACACGGAUACACACACCAGGGUUUUCCUUAGCCUGCAAUUGCCGGCUUUUGGCCGAUCAAAAAAAUGAAAAAGACGAUGAAUAAAACUAUUGCCGACCAAAAUGACCGGGUGAAGAAAUUCUAUUGCAAAAAAGGUGUUUUAUUCAUUAAUGGAAAUACCAGUGGAUGUAAAUACAUUUCACCGUCAUGCUUAUCGGUUUGUAGGUUAAUUUGCAUAUUUUGAUGGAAUUAAAUUGGCCUACGUGUAUUUUCGUUAGUCAUCAUGUAGCCUAUCUUAUUUAUCCAACACAAGUAUCACACACGCACAGCAUACAGAGCCUAUUUUUAGUGGCUUUUCUCCUGCUGCUCCACAGCUGGUUACUGCUGGAGUAAAACGUGCUUUGAUAAGCCAUUUAUUGCGCAACAAUUCUAAAUGCAUUUGUGUGUUAAAAACAGUUUUGGUGCACGAUUAAAAAUAGCUACUAUUUUUAUUUCUCAACUGGAAAUUGAAGCACGCCUCCUAUUCACCAUUCAUGUGCAGGCAACAGGCUAUCAGCGUGUCACCCACCACUUUACAAUGUGAGUUGGAGGCAGUAUGCAUUUUGAAAACAUACUUAUUAUGAGGCGUGUCUUAUCUUGCUUCAAAGUAGCCUAUAGGCAAAUCCGACCAUAGAAAGGUGGAGGCAAAGGCUACGCUUGAGUUUCAAGUUUGGGGAAGCAUACAAAUGAUCCUACCAUUUCUACCGAUCUGCGUGUCAGUUAUGAUUUUCAUAUGCACAUUUUUGUGGAACAGUUUCAUUUCAAUAAGAAUGUUUUCGUUUCUCAAAAUCAUUGUCAUGUGGUUAAUCAUAAAAAUCUGAAUUAAAAUGAUCUAAAAGUUAAAAGGCAACUAAUGCGAGAGCGCCAGCCUCUGCCAUAUGGACACAUUGAUACACUGUGAUCCAUUGGCGGAUAAAGAAAUUGAGUGCAUGGAACUCAUAGCCUUUCAUUACUCUUUCACACCGAGGAUUAGUGAUUAUUGAGUGUGAGAUUGUUGGAAGGAUUUUUCAAAUAGCUUACUGUGAGUAACUAUAGUUGUAAUAUAUUAUCAUUCGUAAUGGAUGUUAAAAAAACACUUUCCUACAUUUCCGCGCAGCAGGCCAGGUACUUCUAUACAGUACCAGUCAAAAGUUUGGACACACCUACUCAUUCAAGGGUUUUUUCUUUAUUUUUACUAUUUUCUACAUUGUAGAAUAAUAAUGAAGACAUCAAAACUAUGAAAUAACACCUAUGGAAUCAUGUAGUAUCCAAAAAAGUGUUAAACAAAUCAAAAUAUAUUUUAUAUCUGAGAUUCUUCAAAUAGCCACCCUUUGCCUUGAUGACAGCUUUGCACACUCUUGGCAUUCUCUCAACCAGCUUCAUGAGGUAGUCACCUGGAAUGCAAUUAAAUUAACAGGUGUGCCUUCUUAAAAGUUAAUUUGUGGAAUUUCUUUCCUUCUUAAUGUGUUUGAGCCAAUCAGUGGUGUUGUGACAAGGUAGGGGUGGUAUACAGAAGAUAGCCCUAUUUGGUAAAAGACCAAGUCCAUAUUAUGGCAAGAACAGCUCAAAUAAGCAAAGAGAAACGACAGUCCAUCAUUACUUUCAACAUUUAAAAUUCUACUCAAAACACAUUAACAUAUUUUAGAUGCUUUUCACUGAUAGCCGCAACUCAAUAAUCAGCUAGGUGUAUUGCCAAGCAUGCUGCUCAAAUUGCGGGCUUCCCAAAUUGCGGGUUUCCCAAAUAGACAUAGGCCUAUGAGCUUGUGAUUUGAUACAAUUUUUUUUUAUAAGAAGCUAAUGAUCCUCGAUUAGUCUGUGGCCAAGUCAUGAUUUCUGGUGAAGUAUUUUGAAUGAUUUUAUUUAUUUCUGUAUAGACAGUAAUUAUAUAAUUUUGGAAAAUGUAUAUCCAUUUACUUCGCUAUUGGACCCACCUCUAUGCAAUUUCUCUCCUGUUCUAUUGGUUUUCAUAUCAACUUUCUUUCGUUGUCCAGAAGCCAAAGGCACAAUCCUAGUCAUAUUAGUAACCAAUCCUAGUUGUUGCAUCUUUAGAUUCCCCCUUUUUCUAAGUUUCUAACAGAGAUGUUCAUCUCUGUCACAUAUGGAACCGCUAUCAGGUAUGCUGUUUAGAACAGUGUUUUCCCAGGUGCACUGUUUAGAAUGGUGUUUUCCCGCAAAUUGCAUUUUGGCGAAUGUUUAAAAAUGAUGUUUUAUUGGCUGCUUCAUUACAUGAGUUGCAUGUUCUGUUAAGAUGCAUUACCAUAAUGUAAAUGUGGUUUCUGUCAUUCUGAGCACUGUGGGUGGAUGUUCUAAUGGGUUAUGCACCCAAUGCAUAUGGGUCCGGUAAACUUCUCAAAUGGGCGGUAAAUUUAAAUCUUCCCGGUCAUAUUUUCCUAACGGAAACCCUGACACGCACGCAUACACACAUGCUCGCAUACAAACGGACACAGAUGGGCACGCACGUGAGCACACAGGCAUUGAUACAUGCACUGACACAGAGGUACACACAGAGGCCUAUAGAUACUGUAUGCUCCAAGACACACACAUGCCCAGAUGCAACUAGGUACACAUGCAAAUAUAAACUAUGCACACUGACACAGAUAGCUAAACAUAGACAGACACUCAUAUGGCCACCGCUAACAGAGCUGCGGUUGACAUUCUUUCUUAACCUAACGUUGGUUUCAUUCUCUCCUCCAAGAUGAGAUGGAGGGACUGGACUUGGAGGGUAAGGUCUAGAGUAGAGGAGACCACAGACCAAAACACUUAAAGGUGCUAUCUAGAACCUAAAAGGGUUCUUCAGCUGUCCCCAUAGGAGAACCCUUUGAAGAACCCUUUUUGGUUCCAGGUAGAACCCUUUUGAGUUCAAUGUAGAAUCCUUUCCUGAGAGGAAAGAGAUACUAGCUACUGCAGAGAUACUAGCUAUUAUAGUUAAAGAAAAUCAGCUCCUUGUUAGAGGCAGUUUCCCCUGGGUGAUGUUAGAUUAGCUUUGUCACUCUGCUGUGGUGGCUAGCAAUAUGGAUACCUAUAGCAAAGUUAUAUUUCCUGUUCUCCUGUAGAAUACUUUGUGGGAAGGAAACCCAUUUACUAAAGGAAGACCACGUUUUCCUGAUGUGACCUACCUCUUAUCUCUCUCUCUCCUCUCCCCCUCCCCCUCCCCGCUCUCUGACCUCUGACCCCUGUAGAGCCGAGCCGGUCCCACAGUGGUUCAGAUGGUCGCCCUCACGGGGAGGACAGUGAGCCGUCUGAUGAUGAGAUGCUGUCCCUGUCUAGCCAGCAGAGCAACGCUAGCGGAGAGAGACCCGGAGGGGCCCAGUCUGGCCCCAGGGGCCCCAAGAGACCUGAGCAGCCUCAGGCCCCUGCCACUGCUCCUCCUCCCCCAGAAGAGGUGGACCUCCUGGGCCUGGAUGGGGCUGCUGUGAACCCCCCCUGCCCCUCGCCCCAGCCCCCCACCACCAACACUACCACGGACCUCCUGGGGGAUCUGUUUGGAGCCUCUCCCCAGCCCCUGCCUGGGAGUGGGCCCGCCUCAGCCCAGUCUACCCCCCAGAAAAUACCCCCUCCCUCCACCUCCCCCUGCCCCUCUCCAGGUACGUAGUCAAUGGAUAUUAUAACAUAUCCAUAGUUGCUGAUCAACUAAAUUCAAAUCAAAUUGUAUUUGUCACAUGCGCCGAAUACAACAGGUGUAGACCUUACCGUGAAAUGCUUACUUACUAGCCCUUAAUCAACAAUGCAGAAUAAAUAAAUAAAUAAUUAAGAAAAUAUUUGGGGUAAAGUCACUAUGCAUAGGUCAUAAACAGUGUGUAGCAGCAGCGUAAAAAAGGGGGUCAAUGCAAAUAGUCCGUGUAGCCAUUUGAUGAACUGUUUAGCAGUCUUAUGGCUUGGAGGUAGAAGCCAUUAAGGAGCCUUUUGGACCUAGACUUGGUGCUCCGGUACCGCUUGCCGUGUGGUAGCAGAGAGAACGGUCUAUGACUAGGGUGGCUGGAGUCUUUGACAAUUUUUAGGGUCUUCCUCUGACACCGCCUGGUAUAGAGGUCCUGGAUGGCAGAAAGCUUGGCCCCAGUGAUGUACUGGGCGGUACGCACUACCCUCUGUAGGGCCUUGUGGUCGGAUACCAAACAGUUGCCAUACCAAGCAGUGAUGCAACCAGUCAGGAUGCUCUCCUGUUUGGACCAUGAUAGUUUGUUAGUGAUGUGGACAAAAUAACUUGAAACUCUCGACCCCCUGCACUACAGCCCCGUCAAUGUGAAUGGGGGCGUGCUCUGUCCUCCUUUUCCUGUAGUCCACGAUCAGCUCUUUUAUCUUGCUCACGUUGAGGGACAGGUUGUUGUCCUGGCACCACAGUGCCAGGUCUCUGACCUCCUCCCUAUAGGCUGUCUCAUCGUUGUCGGUGAUGAGGCCUACCACCGUUGUGUCGUCAGCAAACUUAAUGAUGGUGUUGGAGUCGUGCUUGGCCACGCAGUGAAUUCAGGUUUAUUUGUCUGUUGUUUACUUUCUUUUACCACAGAUGUGUACAUAGUAUGUUUAUCUAUCUGUAUUUUAUGCCUGCCUGGAAAUAAUUGCCAGUCCGAGAUUAAUAAAAUGUAUUGAAUUGAAUUGAAUAGUAAAGUAAUGGUUUAUGCUUUUCUCUCUGCCCACCCAGCAUUCGACCCAUUUGGGGCGGGUCCGAUGCCCAAGCCCCAGGAGCUGAUGGGUUCCUUCCGGGGUCCAGCAGGUAACCAUGGUAACCUGGGGCUGCCUGCCCCCCUCCUGCAUGCAGCUCGCUCUCCAUCCUCCACUAUGCAGAACACUGGCAUGGGUGAUGGCAUGACUACACUGCAUCUGUAGAGGCACUAUCUAUCCACUAACAUUUCACUCUAUCCACUAUCCACUAUACAACUGCUCUCUUUACACGGAUACUCUGCUGCUUCAGCCAAUCUGUUGUGUUGGGUAAUGUACUGUAUAUGCAUGCACAUAAUGUGUGAUGAUCAAUGGGAAUUUAAGCUGCAGGUUUUGAGGGAGAUCUGAUUGGAAUGGCUAUUGAUAUGGUUCCAAUCUUAGUUGGGUAGCCUAACGGUAAUGGUAAUAAUGUGGUCAUGAUUUGUGGUAUGGUUAUAUGUCUGUGUGUGAUGGUAGCAUGACCUCAUAUCUCCUUCCUCCCAUUGUCUGUUAGGCCUGUCUGUCACUGAUGUUUCUGUGCUCUGAUAGGCCGCAGCUCCCCAGUCCCGCCCACCACCCCUGUGGUCACCAUUCAGCAGCCUCCCAACGCCAUGGGAGGAUGGGACUGGAACAAAUCUGCAGCUCCAGGUAAGCUCUACUGAUGUGUAACAUUUAUGGACAACAUCUGCAGAGGCACUGGUCUGAGAACAUAGGAACUACCAGCUGCCAUGAAAAAAAGAGAGCUAUGGCAUGCUAUCUAUAGCAAGCGAGCAUGUGUUAACGUCAGAAUGGUCUCUACUUAAUAGUGCCCUCUACUGGUAUAUUCAUAGAACUGCAGUGCCUACUCUAUUGUACAGUAUUUUAACUGUGUUGUUGUGUAUUCUGUGUUAGGAGGGGGUUUCGGUAUGGGCAGUAAGUCAGCCAGUACCAGUCCUACCGGGUCAGUCCACAGCACACCCACACACCAGGCCAAACCCAAGACCCUGGACCCCUUCGCUGAUAUCGGAAACCUGGGGGGCAGUCUGGGAGGUCAGUGAAGGCUUUCAAUACUGUACUAACAGAUGCUUUAAAAUAUGUCAUGGUAUGUCACGUUAUGUUAUGGUAGUUGUGUUAUUACAGGUAUGUUAUAGAUAGAUAACUUAAUUCUCUGUGUUGAACUCUCUGUAAACAUUCCUCUCUAUAGGAGGCUCUGGCAUCUCCAGUAAGCCCACCACCCCUACAGGCACCACCCCUGCCUUCCCCCCCAUGGGCUCCCCCUCACGGCCUCCUCCCUCACCCCAGCACGGUGGGGCCUGGCAGGCUAACACAGGCUUCCCCUCCUGGCAGCCUGGUGGUGGAGGGCAGGCAGGGUGGCAGCCCCAACCCCAAGGGUCAGGGUGGCCCACCGUCCCAGCCCAAACCCAGCCCCAGCCACUCCAUGCCCCACACCUCCCCCUCCAACCGACCCAACUACAACAUCAGUUUCUCUGCCAUGGGAGGAGGGACUGCUCCCAAUGCAGCCGGGAAACCACAGCCCAACAUGGGUGAGUCAGUGGGAGGCUGGUUGUUAUCAUACUGGGAUGGAUAGACUGUUGGGUUGUUUUUCCCCCAAAAUAACUUGUUGCUCUUUAUUAAUAUACAAAUGUGCCACCUGAAAUUGACCUGUAUGCAUGUGUUUUGUGCUGGUAGUCAUUCAUGAUAAGACUGCACAUAUAGUGUUUUAUAAGCGGAUGAGAGAAGAUGAUACAUUCUCUCUCCCAGGUACCAAGCCCAAAGUUGCAACGGCUAACUUUGAUGACCUGCUGUCUGGCCAAGGCUUUGCUGGAGCCAAAAAGAAGGAAGGUCCCAGGACAAUAGCAGAGAUGAGGAAGGAGGAGAUGGCUAAAGAGAUGGACCCCGAGAAACUCAAGGUAGUUUUACAGCGGCCAAUCACUAGCCUUGGACCAAGAGUUGGAGAGAUUAGUGAAGAUACAGUAGUACUACAGGGGGGAAGGGAGUCAAAUGUUGGUCCUCUGUAGCUCAGUUGGUAGAGCAUGGCGCUUACAAUGCAAGGAUAGUGGGGUCCAUUCCCAGGACCACCCAUAUGUAAAAUGUAUGCACACAUGACUGUAAGUUUCUUUGGAUAAAAAUGUCUGCUAAAUGGCUAAUAUUAUUGGGGUCUCUUUUGACAGCCAGAGAAAAACAAGCUAGGUAUUUCAAGAUUUUGAAGAAGGCUUGUGAGAUCUUUGUUGUAUAGGUGAGUCUCAUGUUUAUCUGACCCCGGCUCUCCCCUCUCUACCCCCAGAUUCUGGACUGGAUCGAGGGGAAGGAGCGUAACAUCCGGGCCCUGCUGUCCACCAUGCACACAGUACUCUGGGAGGGGGAGACCCGCUGGAAGCCUGUAGGCAUGGCUGACCUGGUGACCCCAGAGCAGGUCAAGAAGGUUUACCGCAAAGCAGUGCUGGUGGUCCAUCCAGACAAGGUGAGAUGGAAGAGGUUUACAUUACACACAGUGUAACACACAUGUACACAAGCAAGCAAGCACACAUGCAUGCACGUUCACACGCACACACAUCAGGCUUCCGUUAGGAAAAUGUGGCUCUGGACAUUUGACCGACAGCAUUUUAAUUUACCAGACAUUUGAGAAAUGUACCAGACCCAUAUGCAUUGGGUGCGUAACCUGAUUAGGGUGUCCACCCACGGUGCUCAGAAUGACAGAAAUCACAUUUAGAUUAUGGUAAUUCAUCUUAACAGAACAUGCAACUCGAGGAGACGUGGGUCCUUCUUACUGAAUUCCGAUACGCACUUUGAAGAUGCUAGAAUAACUGUCCACAUUUAAUUUUUCUCAGCCAACAAGACGAGUAACUGCUAUCCCCCAUAGUAGAAAAGUUGACCUAUUCUAUUGGUCAGCUUGUCGAGAAAAGCAAUGAGACUGAUGCAACAGAUCAGAACGUUUAGCUUAAAAUGUUGCUAAACUAUUAUUUCUUCACAUUAUAAGCGCAGCAAUGCGCACAAGGCAGUAGGCUACGUGCGAAUGUUUGUUCCAUAAUGCAAUUAGCGGAAAACACAGUUGUCAAAAGAGCACCAACAUAUACCUAAUUGCAUUCUAUCUAUUGAUUUAGUAAGCAGUAGACAUUUAGUAAGCAGUAGGCAUUUAGAAUUAAAUGUGGAGUGGAGCUUUAUACUAUAGUUACGUGAUGACAUCACGUGCCCCGUGUACCUUCCAAUUUAUUCGGCAAUCAUAAUGUAUUCGAAAAAUACUCAGUCAACAUUUCCGUCAUCAUUUGUCGCAAUAAAGAAAGGUUGACAAAAGAAAAAUCCACCCGUCUAACGGAUACAAGCAUUUCUGCUAUAGCCGCCGUUUCCAUUACACGUCUCAAUAUUUAUUUUGCGACGUUGCUUUUGCCGAAUAAACCUGGGUCAAUGGAAACCUGCCUACUGAUAGAAGUUUUUCUCCUCCCUUCUCCCAGGCCACAGGACAGCCCUAUGAACAAUACGCCAAGAUGAUUUUUAUGGAACUGAAUGACGCCUGGUCAGAAUUUGACAGCCAAGGACAAAAAGCACUCUACUGAGCUGAUAGAAAAAGAGAGCGAAAGCGAGACAGAGUUCCUGCCCACCCACCCCUGA